AAAGUACCGAAACAACGUCGCCAUAUUGUCAUGUCAGGUUAUUGAAUGUGGUGAAAAGUGAAUGCAGUUUCUUGAAUAUAUUGUAAAAACAAGGAAAAUUGUGUUAAUUAACCUCCUGUGUCUUUAAUACUAAGGCGCAGGGUGCAACGCUGCAUCCGUUGAAACAUGAGCUAUCAGAUACCAUCAUCACAGAGCCGCACAAUGUCGCAUAGCAAUUAUGGUGGAUCUGAUGUGCCAAUGGCUCCCAGCAAGGAGCAGCAGACCCUCAUGUGGCAGCAGAACUCCUACUUGGUGGAUUCUGGCAUCAACUCUGGGGCAGCUACUCAGGUGCCAUCACUUACUGGCAAGGAAGAUGACGAGAUGGAAGGAGAUCAACUCAUGUUUGAUCUUGACCAGGGCUUUGCCCAAGGUUUUACCCAAGAACAAGUUGAUGACAUGAACCAGCAGCUGUCUCAAACGCGUUCGCAACGUGUGCGCGCGGCGAUGUUCCCCGAGACACUGGAGGAGGGUAUCGAGAUUCCCUCCACGCAGCUGGACCCCGCCCAACCGACUGCUGUUCAACGUUUGGCUGAGCCAUCACAGAUGCUGAAACAUGCCGUUGUCAACUUGAUUAAUUACCAAGAUGAUGCUGAUCUUGCCACUAGGGCUAUUCCCGAGUUGAUUAAACUCUUGAACGAUGAAGACCAAGUAGUAGUCUCUCAAGCAGCAAUGAUGGUGCACCAGCUGUCCAAGAAAGAAGCAUCCCGGCAUGCCAUCAUGAACUCGCCACAGAUGGUCGCCGCAUUAGUGAGGGCAAUCUCCAACAGCAAUGAUCUAGAAACUACUAAGGGCGCUGUUGGAACCCUGCAUAACUUGUCUCACCACAGACAAGGUUUACUGGCUAUCUUCAAGAGUGGAGGGAUUCCUGCUCUGGUGAAACUACUGAGCUCUCCCGUCGAGUCCGUGCUCUUCUAUGCCAUAACAACCCUGCACAACUUGCUGCUGCAUCAAGACGGAUCGAAAAUGGCCGUGCGUCUUGCUGGAGGACUACAGAAAAUGGUUGCGCUGUUGCAGAGGAACAAUGUCAAGUUCCUCGCGAUUGUCACUGAUUGUCUUCAGAUCCUCGCUUAUGGAAAUCAAGAGUCGAAACUUAUCAUUCUCGCGUCUCAAGGUCCGAUCGAAUUGGUGCGAAUCAUGCGCUCGUACGAUUACGAAAAGUUGUUGUGGACUACUUCACGAGUACUAAAGGUAUUGUCAGUGUGCUCAAGCAACAAGCCAGCUAUUGUGGAAGCCGGUGGAAUGCAGGCUCUUGCUAUGCACCUUGGUAAUCCAAGUGGCCGUUUGGUUCAAAAUUGCCUCUGGACUCUGAGGAAUCUUUCUGAUGCGGCUACAAAGGUGGAUGGACUCGAAGCUCUGCUUCAAAGUCUUGUGCAAGUGUUGGCUUCAACUGAUGUUAACAUUGUUACUUGUGCUGCUGGCAUCCUUUCUAACUUGACAUGCAACAACCAGCGUAAUAAGGUGACGGUGUGCCAAGCGGGCGGCGUGGACGCGCUGGUGCGCACGGUGGUGUCGGCCGGCGACCGCGAGGAGAUCACGGAGCCGGCGGUGUGCGCGCUGCGCCACCUCACCUCGCGCCACGUCGAGAGCGAGAUGGCGCAGAACGCCGUGCGCCUGCACUACGGCCUGCCGGUGAUAGUGAAGCUGCUGCAGCCGCCGUCGCGCUGGCCGCUGGUGAAGGCGGUGGUGGGGCUGGUGCGCAACCUGGCGCUGUGCCCCGCCAACCACGCGCCGCUGCGCGAGCACGGCGCCGUGCACCACCUCGUGCGCCUGCUGCUGCGCGCCUUCAACGACACGCAGCGGCAACGCUCGUCGGUGUCGGGCGGCGGCGGCGGCGGCGGCGCGGGCGGCGCGUACGCGGACGGCGUGCGCAUGGAGGAGAUCGUGGAGGGCGCGGUGGGCGCGCUGCACAUCCUGGCGCGCGAGAGCCUCAACCGCGCGCUCAUACGCCAGCAGAACGUCAUACCGAUAUUCGUGCAGCUGCUCUUCAACGAGAUCGAGAAUAUACAGCGUGUGGCAGCGGGAGUGCUUUGCGAGUUGGCUGCAGAUAAAGAAGGUGCUGAAAUGAUAGAAGCUGAAGGUGCCACCGCUCCGCUCACAGAACUAUUGCAUUCUCGGAAUGAAGGCGUAGCGACGUACGCGGCGGCGGUGCUGUUCCGCAUGUCGGAGGACAAGCCGCACGACUACAAGAAGCGGCUCUCCAUGGAGCUCACCAACUCGCUGUUCCGCGACGACCACCAGAUGUGGCCCAACGAUCUCGCCAUGCAGCCGGACCUGCAGGACAUGCUGGGGCCGGAGCAAGGCUAUGAAGGAUUGUAUGGUACGAGGCCAUCCUUCCAUCAGCAAGGCUACGACCAAAUACCGAUAGACUCGAUGCAGGGGCUCGAGAUCGGCAGCGGCUUCGGCAUGGACAUGGACAUCGGUGAGGGCGAAGCCGCCGCCGCCGCCGCCGACCUCGCCUUCCCCGAGCCGCCGCACGACAACAACAACGUCGCCGCCUGGUACGACACCGACCUGUAGUGUGCCGGC